GCCGCCCUGACAGCCCCGCCCGAUCCUCGCGCCGCCGGCCGCGGCCCGACUUGGCACCGAGACCCGGCCGGGCUGUCAGCUCCGUGGGCCGCAUGCCGGGAGCCGGGGAAGAGCCGGAGGGUGCUCGAAAAAAAAAGAAUUCUGAAAGCUCUGCGCUUACCAUGAGUAGUCCUGCCUUAAUAAACCAGUGUGCCACAGGAGGAAUGGAAGAAGAAAAAGUUUGGCCAAAACAACAGCAACAGAACAAUUUUUCCUUGUUUCCUUCUACUAAAGGCUGGAAUUUCAGAGGGAAGAAACGAAAACAGAGUACUCAAGAUGAAGAUACCAUCAGUAUCUGCAGCCUGGAUACAAGCGAACCCAGUAACAAGCGGGUCAAGCCUCUUUCUAGAGUUACAUCACUAGCAAAUCUUAUUCCUCCUGUACGAGCCACUCCAUUGAAGCGGUUCAGCCAGACACUUCAGCGCUCUAUCAGUUUCCGCAGUGACAGUCGCCCAGAUCUGUUCAGUCCACGGCCGUGGUCUCGAAAUACACCUGCUGCUAACACAAAGCGGAGAGACAGCAAGCUGUGGAGUGAGACCUUUGAUGUCUGUGUCAAUCAUAUGCUUACAUCUAAAGAAAUCAAGCGUCAAGAGGCUAUAUUUGAACUUUCCAAGGGAGAAGAAGACUUAAUAGAAGAUCUGAAGUUAGCGAAAAAGGCUUAUCAUGACCCAAUGCUUAAACUAUCCAUCAUGACAGAGCAAGAGUUGAACCAAAUUUUUGGAACACUGGACUCUCUAAUUCCUUUACAUGAAGAUCUUCUCAGGCGACUUCAAGAAGUCAGGAAAUCUGAUGGAUCAACAGAACACGUUGGCCAUAUCCUUGUGGGCUGGCUUCCAUGCUUAAACUCCUAUGAUAGCUACUGCAGCAAUCAGGUAGCAGCCAAAGCUUUAUUGGAUCACAAGAAACAAGAUCACAGAGUGCAAGAUUUCCUGCAGCGCUGCUUAGAGUCACCUUUUAGUCGUAAACUGGACCUUUGGAAUUUCCUUGACAUCCCAAGAAGCCGUUUGGUUAAAUAUCCAUUACUGCUCAGAGAGAUUUUGAGACACACACCAAAUGAUCAUCCAGAUCAACAGCACCUUGAAGAAGCUAUUAACAUCAUUCAGGGUAUAGUUGCUGAAAUCAACAUAAAGACUGGUGAAUCUGAAUGCCAGUACUACAAAGAAAGACUUAUUUAUCUUGAAGAAGGACAGAGGGAUUCACUCAUUGAUAAUUCACGUGUUCUGUGUUGUCACGGCGAACUGAAGAACAACAGAGGAGUGAAACUGCAUGUCUUCCUCUUCCAAGAAGUCUUAGUAAUUACUCGAGCUAUCACCCAUAAUGAACAGCUCUGCUAUCAGCUGUAUCGGCAGCCAAUUCCAGUGAUGGAUCUUGUGUUAGAAGACUUGCAAGAUGGCGAGGUUCGAUUGGGUGGAUCCAUACGUGGUGCAUUUAGCAACAAUGAGAGAAUCAAAAACUUCUUUAGAGUCAGCUUCAAAAAUGGAUCUCAAAGCCAGUCUCACUCACUGCAAGCCAAUGACUCCUUCAGCAAACAGCAGUGGCUUAAUUGCAUCCGGCAGGCCAAAGAAAAAGUGACGUGUGCAGGAAAAGCUGGAGUGCUGAGCUCAGAAGCAUGUUUUAUUUUGUCACCAAAUGGAAGCAGGGUAUCCGAGGGAGAAACCAUGAUUGAGCAAAUGGACCAAUCUGACAGUGAGUCAGACUGUAGUAUGGACACCAGUGAGAUCAGCAUCGACUGUGAACGUAUGGAACAGACAAACCCUUGUGAAAGCGAAAAACAAGUAGAAACCAAUGUUUGACACAAACCUAUUCAUGGAACAAAACCUGUGUCUUACCUGUACAGUAUUUGCAUUCCACACAUGGAACAAUUUGGAGAAGCACUUUUAGAAUAUUUUUUGUGACAAUGUCAAUGCAGUCCUUCUUGUAUAGUACUUGUAUACGUGUAGUACUGUAACUACCAGUUUGUGUAAGCUGGAAUCUCCUGCAACUCAUGCCCCGUGAUUAUGCUUCACAAACAUCUAACAUGGAUGAAAGAGGUACUUGACCAGUUAUUCUCAAUGUCCUGCUGUAUACAGAAUCUCUAAACUACUGCUUAUAAGCACAUUACAUAAAGAAUCUUCCAUAAUUUUAAAGUACUUUAUUGCCCUUAGUGGGGCAGCUGAAGAUGUGGACUUAAUAUUGAGUUUCAGGAAUGGGUAUUGAGAUUUUAAGUUUGCAUAAAGACUUGGAAGUUAAAAACAGUUCAGUGUAAAAAAAAAAAAAAAAAAAAAAGAAACAAAAAAAAAGACAUCUUGCAGUAACCUUUCUGAACUCUUGUGGUUUUAAAUCAACAAAAACUGUAGUGGGUCAUGUAAUCAGUAACUUUUUAAGGACUGAUUUUUCAAAAUGAAGCACUGUACAAAGAUCCGUCAGUUGAUUGAUGGGAUAAACAGUAAAACCUGGUAAAUUGAAGUGGUCAGCAUCAUGCUAUGGUUUAAAUAUCAAAGCACAUAAUGCGAAAAAUAAUCAAGUAAACAACAAAACCAGACCUGCACAGCCAGCACUGAAUUAAAUGAAAUGCUGAGAAUACUGGAUAUUUGUAAAUAAGUUGGUAGUUUGCUCUCAGUGCCAUAUAUAUGUAUAUGCAUCUGUUCCUAUACUCUCAAAUAGAGUAAGAAUGAAAAAAGCUUUUGCUUGUGUAUAAGCCCUCUUCAGCAUUUUGCACUCCACUGACCUCCACUGAUGGUUUUAAACACCACUAAACUAAUGUUAAAAACAUUUAAGUUUCUGUAAAUGUCUGUUUACAAUUACAUGCAGUUAUUGCUGGUUUUUAUAUAUUUUUCUUAAAGUAAGUGACAAUUUUAUAUAAAUGGUGCUCUACAAGUGUCCUGUGGGAUUAUGUAGAGAAAGUUCAAACAUAAAGGGAAUUGAUUUUCCUUUAGGAUAUAUUCCAUCCUUUAUAUUUUUGUCAAAUUAAUUUUAAACUUUUUUGUUGCAUUUACUCUCAUGCUGUAAUUGGAAAUGACACUGUGUUUUUUGAUGGCUGAUUUAAUCUACUCAUUAUGAUGAGAAACAGAUGAGUCACUUAAAAAUGCAGUCUAAAACACUCAGUUGAACAUCCUGUUAUUCUUCAGGAAUCCCUGGGUAAUAUUUUAUUUCUUAGUGUAAGAAAUAAUGCCAAUGCUGAUAGUUUGGCAAGCUAUGAAAGUUAUAAGAAAUUUAUAUGAUCCUUAAUAUAAAAACCUGUGCAAAGUACUCAUACCAUCAAAAGUAGAAAAACUAAGUUAUUGCCAAAAAUGUUUAUUUCUUGUCCUGCAGGUUUAUAGAAAAUAGUAAAUGUCAGUUAUCUCACAUAUAUAUACUGAUGUGCAUUACAGAAAUCAGUGUGACAAGAUUAUAAACAAUAUAAAACAAGGUAUUUUUAUUUUUCCAAAAAAGUCUGUUUUACCCGAUAGAACAUAUUUCUGUAUUUAUACUUUUUUCAAAAAAUGUAUUUUUUUUUCUGUUUCAGGCUUUGUAAUUUAUUUCAACUGCUUCAUUUUUAGAGCUGAAUGACAGUGAAGGCAAGGGAAAGAUUUACAGAAGAAAAGGAGUAGGAAAGCUUAUUAGAUGGUAAACAGUUUUCAUAAAAAUUGUUCAGUGAAAUGUUUGAAAAGAGAGAAAAUUAAGUAAAGGGUUCAAAUACGGAAGGAUUGAAUGUGUAUUGACUUUUUCUUUUCUAUAUAUUUUUGUUUUAUAAUAGCCUUAAACUUUUCUGGAAGCAUUUCAAAUAAAUUACAUUAAAACAUUUU